GCCGCAGACACCACUAGAACUCGUCCGUCGAAGACUAGCUCAGAUACCCGUUGUCCUGUACGUACAAUCUGCUGAGGAGUUCAAGAUGUUUAAGCUGGCUGUGGUUCUGCUGAUGGUUGUGGCGGCGAAUGCCAAGACCUACGAGAAGUGUGAACUGGCGAGAGAGCUGGUGUCUCGUGGCCUGACUUCACGAUCUCAGGCCGGAGAAUGGAUCUGUCUGGUGCAGCACGAGAGUAGCUUCAGGACCGGCGCGCUGGGCGGCCCGAACGGGGACGGUUCCUACGAUCACGGGCUGUUCCAGAUCAACGACUACUACUGGUGCGACAACGGCGGACCACACAACGACUGUGGCGUUUCCUGUUCCAACCUCCGUGACAACAGCAUCGCUGAUGACGUGCGCUGCGCCAAGCUGAUCUACCAGCGUCACGGCUUCAACGCCUGGUAUGGCUGGAUCAACCACUGCCAGGGCCACAACAACGCCAACCUCGUCAACGGCUGCUUCUAAACAUCACGUCAUCAGAAACGUCAUCAUGACAUCACCAGUCACGUGACCGUUGGAGUCGUUUGUCAUAACGUCAUAUCUACUCCAGCAUAGUCAUCACUGCGAUUCCACAAUGUUCUGUUUAGAUAGGAAUCUCAUGAAUAAAGCAUCAGUCGAUGA